AUGUCACUUUUCAUUCCAACAGUGUUUCUAUUCUGUCUAACAUUACCUCCAGUUCCAACACUGACAAUUGUUGCAGAACUUGCAGCAGAACUUCCACCAAUCACAGGUUGUGAAGACAUUUUCAGAAUUACAAAUCAAAUAAGGGUGAAUAAAGGGGAAACAAAACAAAGAGAAAUCCCUCCUCAAGGUCACGAAAACUUGAUGGAAGAGGAUCUGCACUUGUCCAAGGAAGAUGAAAGUGAUGAGCAACCUGACACCGACGAAAAAGAAGAUAAAACGAAGGAGCCUGAAUCCCAAGAAAAUGUUCGCAACAAGCAAACUGGAGAGAAGGAAAACACAAGACAAACCUUUGGGACAAUCACGAAUCUGAAGGCUUUUUCAAACGUCACUCAAAGUCUUUCUCAGACUGAACUAGCUGAACUAAAAGCUACUAACCCUGCGGAAUAUCUGAAGGCGAUGAUGAGCGCUAGAUCUAGUUCGUCCGAAAAGGCUGCUGCUUCUUCGACCACUUCUGGAGAUAAAACUUCUGAGAAGUCUGAGAAAGCUCUCUCCUUGUCACAAGAAAGAAAGGAAGAUGACUUUGAAGCUGUCUUUGCCCUAUUGGUUUAUGGAUUAUUCUUGUUCCCAAAUAUUGACAACUUUGUUGAUAUGAAUGCCAUCAAGAUCUUUAUGAAGGGAAAUCGUGUUCCUACCUUGCUAGGAGAAACUUACUACUCCAUCCAUUUGAGGAAGUCCUAUGGAAAGGGAAUGAUUACUAGUUGCACUCCUUUGCUAUACAAGUGGCACAUCUCUCAUCUACCAAACACCAAUGACUUUUGGGAUCUCAAAGAAGGGCAAAUAUGGUCACUAAAGAUCAUGACUCUCACCAACACUGACAUUGUUUGCACCAACAGUUACUUUUGUAGGAUGAAGACCUUGGAUAGCUGCGGUGAUUUUCCUAAUGUGCCCCUUCUUGGUACAAAAGGAGGAAUCAAUUCUAGACCCGUGUUAGCUCGCCGUCAAUUUGGGUUUCCUAUGGACAAAAGGCCAAGGAAUAUCUUGUUGGAUGGUUUCUUCCUUAAAGAAAAGGUUGAGAACAAAGAGUUUAGAGAAAGGACUGCUAAUGCUUGGCAUCCAAGUCAUAGAAAGGAAAUCAAGGAUUGGAAGACCAAAGGGGAUCUCUCACCUGAAUCUUAUGAAGAAUGGAUUAACUCAAUAGUUGUUGAACUUAGGAUGCCUUAUCUUCCUGAAAUUCCCCCACCUCCCAUGGAGAAGCCUGUUGCACCUGUUGUUUCUCCUCCAACAAUAGAAGAUCUCCAAGAAUCUCUAAAGAAGAUGAAGAAAUCAAGAGACCAUUGGAAAAAGAAUUUUGAAUAA